AUGAAAUAUUUCUAUUACACACUUUUGGGAUACUUAAAAAAUCUUGGAAGACGAUUUCGUAAAGUUUUAGAAUCAAAUUUUUUUACUAAAAAAUAUGACGAAUUUGGAGAAAAUAUUGAAUUUUCAUAUCAAUCUCUUGAUAGUGAACCUUUACGUAAUAUACCUUCAAGAAAUGGUGGUGGUGAUCCAAAUGCCAGAACAGUUACUAUUCAAGGUAUAACUUUUAAAGGAGGAGUAAUUGAUACUUCUUUAUUAGUAGAUUAA